AUGGCGUAUCGGAGAAAACAAGGGAUCACAAGAGCUUCCACGUUCAACGACGAUAUCUACAAUCAAACACCUGAUCACGACUACGGUGAUCUCAAAGGUCACUCCAAUGGCGGUUCCUCCUUCAGAUCUUCUCAAUCUUUCUCUUCUCAUUCCUCCCUUGCCGCUCAAGCAAUCCGCGCUUCCUCUGCUCUUAACCCUAAUUCCAAUUCUCAGGUACGAGGAUUCACGGCUUACGAAGAUGCAACCAAGAACGAGAGCCGCGGUUUCUGGGGAAUCCUAGCUCAGAAAGCCAAAUCAAUCCUCGAGGACGAAGACGAACAGCAGCAGGAACAGCAGAACGACGUCGUCUCGGAGCCCUUGACUAAUAACAACAAUCCAACCAUACGCAAAAGCAUAGACAAGAUCACAACAUCUCUGAAUCAGAUAGGAGACAGCUUCGAGAAAGCAUUCGAGGAAGGCCGUACGAUGGUAGCUUCCCAAAUGAGACGUAAAGGAUCAGACGUAAUGGAUUCAUCAGAGAAUCACAAUCAAUCCUCUGGUUCAAACAGUCCAUGGCAACCAUUAACACAACCUAACCCACACGAGUCUCAGCUCAAAGCGUCUCGUGACGUAGCCAUGGCUACGGCAGCCAAAGCCAAGCUCCUCCUACGUGAAUUGAAGACGGUUAAAGCCGACCAAGCUUUCGCUAAACAACGGUGCUCGCAGCUGGAAGAGGAAAACAAACGGUUAAGAGAUAACCGGGAAAAGGGAACCAACAAUCCAGCUGAUGAUGACCUAAUUAGGCUUCAGCUAGAGACGUUGCUUGCGGAGAAAGCAAGAUUAGCACAUGAGAACUCGAUUUACGCGAGAGAGAACCGGUUCUUGAGAGAGAUUGUUGAGUAUCAUCAGUUAACUAUGCAGGAUGUUGUUUAUAUAGAUGAAGGUAUUGAAGAAUUGGCUGAGGUGAAUCCUUCGAUUACAAGAACGCUCUCCAUGGCUUCGUUCCCUGCUUCUGAGUUCCCAUCUUCGGUCUCUCCUUCGUCUCCGGCUUCGCCUUCUCGGCUUUCGGCUUCUACCGAUAUUUAUCCAGUUUUGGUUCAGCAGAGUUCGGCUAGUGAUGUUGGUGGUGAUGAGAGUCCUAGACCGGUUCGACCACCUUCUUUGGGAUACACGGAUGAUGGUAAGAGACCAUUGUCACAGAUGUCUGUUUAG